AUGGAAUGGUAUUCGUUUUGAGGAACCUAUGUUUGAGCACUCUUGGAGGCAGAAAAAGACAUGGCUAGGUGGAGCCUCUCACCUGGACCAUGAGGAAUAGAAUGGAGAGAGCAUCCUUCCGGUCUUGAAGAGUGUGUUAUCAAGUGAGGAUGUCAAGGGCUCGCCGACGAUGCAAGGCCAUUUUUCUUUGGAUUUCUCCACCUCAGAGAGAAAUCAUUUUUAGGUUACUGCUUAAUAUUUCAGGUGAAAUUGGUGACACAGAGAUUGAUCUCUAUCAGAGCAGGAGAAAUUAUGUUCAAAUGUCCGACUCCACGUGGAGGGGUGGGCUAUGGGAUAGGUAUUACAUAAGUUACGUAUCUUGAAUUAACUUGGGUUAACUGUCCCAAGUUCUGUGUAUCCCCCGUCUGCCGGGUCCCCGCACACUCUCCUGUGGGCCCACGUCCUCACUUGUCCACAGCGAGGUUUGACACCCAUUCUGGACGACACGCUCUCGGCUUUGGUGACCUCUCGGGCCACACCCACGCGGUCUGACCAGGAACGCGACCCCAUGCUGCAGCAGCCCUGCACCCAAGUCCCCACGUCCCAGUGAUGCACCAUGCCAAUAGUCGAUAAGUUAAAGGAGGCCCUGAAGCCCGGCCGCAAGGACUCGGCCGACGAUGGAGAGCUGGGGAAGCUGCUGGCCGCCUCCGCCAAGAAGGUCCUUCUACAGAAGAUCGAGUUCGAGCCUGCCAGCAAGAGCUUCUCCUAUCAGCUGGAGUCCUUGAAGAGCAAAUAUGUGCUGCUGACCCCCAGAGUGGAGGGAGCCGGCCGCCACAGGGGCGGGGAUGAGCCUCAGGCCAGGAGACCGGGCGGCGAGCACGUGAACGAGAGCAGGGGCGAUGGCGUCCCCGCCCCCCAGAAAGUGCUCUUCCCCCUGGAGCGGCUGUCCCUGAAGUGGGAGCGCGUGUACCGCGUGGGAGCCGGUCUGCACAACCUGGGCAACACGUGCUUCCUCAACUCCACCGUGCAGUGCCUGACCUACACGCCACCCCUGGCCGGCUACCUGCUCUCCAAGGAGCAUUCCCGCAGCUGCCGCCAGGGGAGCUUCUGCAUGCUGUGCCUCAUGCAGAACCACAUCGUCCAGGCCUUCGCCAACAGCGGCAACGCCAUCAAGCCCGUGUCCUUCAUCCGGGAUCUGAAAAAGAUCGCCCGGCACUUCCGCUUCGGGAGCCAGGAGGAUGCGCACGAGUUCCUGCGGUACACCAUCGACGCCAUGCAGAAGGCCUGCCUGAGCGGCUGUGCCAAGUUGGAUCGUCAGACGCAGGCUACUACUUUGGUCCAUCAAAUUUUUGGCGGCUAUCUCAGAUCGCGUGUGAAGUGCUCGGUGUGCAGGAGCGUCUCGGACACCUACGACCCCUACCUGGACGUGGCGCUGGAGAUCCGGCAAGCUGCAAACAUUGUGCGUGCUCUGGAACUCUUUGUGAAGCCAGAUGUCCUCAGUGGAGAGAACGCCUACAUGUGUGCCAAGUGCAAGAAGAAAGUCCCCGCCAGCAAGCGCUUCACCAUCCACCGCACGUCCAACGUCCUCACGCUGUCCCUCAAGCGCUUUGCCAACUUCAGCGGGGGCAAGAUCACCAAGGACGUGGGCUAUCCGGAGUUCCUGAACAUCCGUCCGUACAUGUCGCAGAGCAGCGGCGAGCCCGUCAUGUACGGGCUGUACGCCGUCCUGGUCCACUCGGGCUACAGCUGCCACGCCGGGCACUACUACUGCUACGUGAAGGCAAGCAACGGACAGUGGUAUCAGAUGAACGACUCGUUGGUCAACUCCAGCAACAUCAAGGUGGUUCUGAACCAGCAGGCCUACGUGCUCUUCUACCUGCGAAUUCCAGGCUCCAAGAAGAGUCCCGAGGGCUCCGUGUCCAGGCCGGUCUCCUCCCUGUCCAGCCGCCCCGCCGUGGUUCCGGACCACGGCAGGAGGAGCGUCGCCAACGGGGCUGUUUCGUCCCCGCUGGCUGGAAAGAGACUGGACCCUGCGACGAUGAAGAAGCUGCAGACCGCUGAAGAGAUCGGUGUGCCCGUGUCCAGGAACGGCUCGGCGCUGAGCCUGAAGUCCCAGAAUGGAUACGUCCCUCCAAAGCCACCCUCGGGAUCCCCUUCCCCCAGACUCCCCAAAACCCCCACACACCUGCCGACUAUUCUGGACGAGCCUGGAAAGAAAGUCAAGAAAUCAGCUCCCCUACAGUACUUCUCACCCCUCAAAGCUUCUCAGGGGCUCCACGGUGCCCGCGACCCGAGCAGGUGUGAGGGCCGCAGGCCGGGCGCCAUCACUACCUCACCCCAGGUCCCGGCCGCAGUGACUGCCAAUGGGCACGGGCCCAAGGGUGCCACCGAGAAGGGGGACUCCAGCAGCUCCAGCCCGGAGCACUCCACCAGCAGCGACCCCGCCCAGGUGCCCAAGAGCGGAGCCCGCGUCUGUGACCCUCAGGGAACCUCCCCUUCCGCCACCGGCCCCUCCAGAGCGCUGCCCAGUGGAGAGGACACGAAGGUGGCGAAGCCGAGGUCCCCCGUCCUGAGCAGCGCUGCCACCGAGCCCGCAAGCACCAUGUCUCCUCCACCAGCCAAGAAGCUGGCCCUCUCUGCCAAGAAGGCCAGCACCCUGCGGAGGGCGGCCGGCAGUGACCUCCGUGCUCCUCCCCUCUCCGGCCUCACCCACCCCAGGAAAGCCACUCACCCCGCCGUCGCCUGCACCUGGCCUGUCAGCACAAGCAGGGCUCUUUCACCGGCUCCCCGAUCAUCCGGCCAUCUGAAGCCCCCCCUCAGCCUGCACUCUGUGACAGUGCCCAGCAGCCCCCAGCCUCUCAGGACAUCGGGCCCACGGAACCCUUUCACCUCUGCUCCCCUGCCUCAGGUCAAUGGGGGCUUCGGGGCCCCUCCACACCAGCCGCCGGAGGCCGACGAGCCUCCCAGGAGCCCGUGCAAGAAGAGGAAGAGGAAGCGCUCGGCGGAGACGCGGGGGCAGGGCUCGGAGGUGGGGGAGGCGGCCGCCCCUCCCGGGAGGAGGAGGAGGAAGAGGAGGAAGCGCCCGGGGGACACGGACGCCGCCCCCCCGCAGGAGGGGCAGCCACAGGGGCAGCACCAGGGCCCUGAGCACAGGAGCGAGGGCCGGGCACAGCUGGGGGAAGAGGGCAGACGGCCACCGGCACACGGCCCGCGCCUGGAGAACGGCUGGCAGGCGGGCUGCGGGACGGACGGCCCCCACGUGAGCCCCAAGAAGAGGAGGAGGAAGGGAGCGGAGGGCCCGGGCGGAGAAGACCGCCUCCACCAGGACCCACCUUGGCACAGCUGCUCUCCCUCGGACGUCACGGAGCCAGAGGCCACUGCAGCGUCUCCAAGGAGAAGGAGAAGGAGAAGCAGGAAGCAGGAGUCACGGCAGGAAGCAGCCGGGGACGAGCGUGCCGACGCCGCGAGGGGCGAGGGGCAGAGGGGCCCUGCUGUCCCGGGGGGCAGCCCCCUGCCCGCGGUGAACGGCCGGAGUCCCGGGGACCGCGCAGGCCGGGAGCAGACUCCUCUCGCGUCCUGGAGCAGGGAGCAGGGGUCCGACGUGGUCCGGGAGCUGCUCAGACACGCAUCUGAUCGAGCUUACGGGAAGGAAGUUUUGACGUGGGACGGAGAAGUGUCGGCUGUCAGUCAGGAUGCUGUUCGGGACAGCGUAGUGGCCCACAGCACCACCGUGCUUGACGAUUGGGACGACGAGUUCGAUCGUGGGAAGGAAAAGAAAAUUAAAAAGUUUAAGAGAGAAAAGAAAAGAAACUUCAACGCCUUCCAGAAACUUCAGAGUAGACGGAACUUUUGGUCUGUGACUCAUCCAGCCAAGGCCGCCAGCCUCAGCUACCGCCGCUGAGUCCCUGCCAUCGAGCUAGCCUCCUGGAGACGUGGCGUCCCUCCCUGGGGACUGUCCGGCUGGCCUGAAGAGCAGCCUCGCUGUGGACUCGCUCGCUCCGUCACCUCCAGGACCCGUGCCGUGAGCCACCGUGGGAAGACCACCGGCCGAGGCUCCGGCACGCGUGGACUAGGAGCUCUGGUGACACAGCUCAGUGGCGUCAGAGCGGGAGGCUGGCGGUGGCGUCUGGCCGGGGGGGGACGGCACCGCGCCUCCCCGCGUGUCCUCCAGUGCCCUGAGGACGGCGUGUGCGGCCGGCUGCUCUUGCAAAACCGUCCGCCACUGGCUCCCGGUGGCCGGGUUGUGUCUGCCCUGCCCCUCCCUGUCCCCACGGGCAGGGCUCUGUAUGCCUUACCUGUCUGCCCUCCGUGAGAGCCCCAGGCCGCCCCUUCCCGGGAUCGGGGUGGCCCUGCCAGCGCUUCUCUCCCGUGAGAAACCGGAUGUCUCUGGAGAGCAGGUGGCUCCCUGGGGCGGGGUAGAGGCUCGAACUGCCGUGCGACGCGCCAGCUCUAGAGGCUGCCACGCACUCUGAGGGGGCUCCCCCGAACCUGGCCCCGCAGCUGCAGCGACCGGGGGUCUUUAUCUCAGCGGUGGUCUUGGGGUAGAGCCUUCCUCUCAUUCUGCUUCACAUAAACCAUAGGUUUCUGACCAGGCCUGCGGCUUCCAUUAGCAACGCGUUCCCUGUCCUUGAUACGCACAUACUGGCUUCGUUUGCUCCUUUUUGUGAGUGCUUUUGAAUUUAGAUGACUGUAUAACCCGAGAAGAUAACUUUUUUAUCUUGCUCAAGCUGUGCCUACGAACUUGUAAUUUAAUAAUUAUGGGGAAUCUUCAGUUAAGGUGAUAUUUUCCAGGGAAAAAAACGACCCCCACAACAGAAGGUUUAGAAGUAAAUCUGAAAAUUAUUCUUCCCA